ACAGAAUCUUCCACGCGGUAAACAAGAUUAGGACCCAAACGGCUUUUGGUUAAGUAAGUUCUUAGGGAAGAGUUGGAUGGGACUCAGUUGAGUUGUAAACAGCUGUUGGUUAAAUACAUACCGAAUUCAUCAGUCGAAGAAAUUGGGUGUCGCUCGUCAACUGGACGAAGAGGGUUUUUAUUUCUUAAUUAUAGCAGCGUUUGAUUUUUUUGGGUACAAACAUCUCAAUCCCAGCCAUGUAAUAGAAAUUGAACAGUCAAGCAUAGAAAAUGACUAUGAAGAAACGGAAAUGGUUUUUACUUUUGUUGAGCUAUACUUUAUUCGCGGCUUGCUGUGGAAACUCAGAAAAUGAACCAUUACCAGAGUUUGAAGCUCUCCAGGGAUCCACUGCCAAUUUACCAUGCCAAGUACCACAACGUCCUCCAGAAAGUGGCAUCAAGUGUAUAUUCUGGUACAAGGAUGACGAGGUGAUGUCCGUCUACACAGUGGAUGCACGAGAGGGCGGCUCCAAUUCCUUGCACGUUCCCUCAGAUAAGUUGAGAUCCAGGGCAACCUUUGAUCCAAGUCCAUGGCCUCCGGUGUUGAAAUUGGUCUCUGUGAAAGAAGGUGACGCUGGUGUCUACUACUGUCGCGUAGAUUAUAGAUGGGAUAGAACAUACAUGUACACAGUUGUUCUGAAAGUGAUUGUUCCCCCUCAGAAACUCGCAAUAUUGAACGAGCAUGAUGAAGAAAUAAGAGAUACGGCGGGUCCGUAUUUGGAAGGGCAGAGCAUAAAAUUGACUUGCGAAGCGGUAGGAGGUAAACCAAGCCCACAGCUGUCUUGGUGGCGGGGAAUUGUUGCAUUGAAGGGAGGACCUUCUAUUUCUUCCCAUGGAGUUGCGAGAAGUGAUUAUUCCUUCAUUCCUCAACGAUCUGAUGUUUUGAGCACACUAACUUGCCGUUCUGUGAACAAUAAUCUCACAGCUCCAGAUAGGGUCUCAGUGAACAUAGAUUUAUAUCUGAAGCCACUAGGUGUCAGUUUAACACCACAAAGAAUCAGCUUGACGGCCGGACGGAAAGUUGAACUUCGAUGUUAUUCCCGUGGAUCUCGCCCUGCUUCUAGGAUGUCCUGGUUCCUGGAUAACGAACCUUUAUCCAAUCACACCGAUUUACUAUCCAUGGAUGGGAACCAAACAACCAGCAUCUUGACAUUCUAUCCAUCCAGAAGCGACCACAAAAAGUACCUGCGUUGCAGAACGGAAAAUUUUUUGCUGAGUGGAUCAGCUCUCGAAGAUGGAUGGCAUCUCAAUAUAACGUACAUCCCUAUGGUACAGCUAUCGAUUAGGAGUUCAACCAAACAACAAUCUUCAUUUCUGGAAGGUGAUGAUGUUCGUUUCAUUUGUGAUGUCAAGGCAAAUCCACCUUCGAGUGAUGUUGGAUGGCUGUUCGAGGGGAGACCCCUCAAUCCCAAGGACUCUGAUCUAGUACUCAGUUAUAAGAGUUUGUUGAUAAGAAAAGUGAAAAAGAAGCAUAGAGGGCGCUACCAGUGUUAUGCCAAUAAUGCUGAAGGUACAGGAAUGAGCAGGGUUAUAACUCUAAGGGCAAUGUAUGCUCCAAUUUGCAGUCCUGGCUUAAAAAAGACCCACACAGUACCUGUUGGCGAAAUGAAGAGAAUAGAAUGCCAAGUGGACGCCGAUCCAUCUAAAGUAGACUUUAAAUGGAGUUUCAGCAACACUGCCGACCGCCAUUACAACGUUUCGUACACCAGUGGCGGAUUAAGAAGUGUCGCAACAUACACCCCGAGAUCUGCACGCGAUUAUGGAACACUUUAUUGCUGGGGAAAAAAUUCGGUGGGAGAACAGCAAAUGCCAUGCAUAUUUACUAUCAUACCUUUAGGGCCACCAGAAACAUUGAAAAACUGCACUUCUGUCAACAUUACGAUGUCUUCAGUGACAAUAACGUGUGUGAAAGGACCAAGACAAGAUCCUGACCUAAAAUACAACUUGGAAAUAUCGGAAUACAGCAGUCACGUAGUUUUCAAUCAAACCAGCAGCUAUAUACCGUAUUUCAUAGUGAUGGGGUUGACUCCAAAUACCGAAUUUCUGUUUGUUGUGUACGCCGUAAAUCAUAUUGGAAAAAGCAAGCCUGUAAUGGUGCGCACGCGUACAUUGCGAACGCCAAUGGAAGAACGAGUUAUCCGGCAAAGAAACUCAGCUGGUGAUAAAGCUGAUACAUCAUGGAUUGGACCAAGUUUGCUAAUUGCUGUUGCACUUUGCUGCUUCUUGGCGUUCGCUGGAGCUGCUGUUUGGUCAAAACUUCGUUCUGGACCCGGUUGUCAAAAGUGUAAAGAACUGCCAAAGCAAAUUCAUUUUAAGAAAAACUUUUCCAAGAGCAUUAAAGAAAAUAAGAACUACAUAGAUCGUCUUCCUGAAGGCUUUGAGAAGAGAGCUCCGUGUAUUUAAAAGAACUUCCAAUCAUAAAUAUCUUCAUAUAAAAUGUAACUUAUAGUGCUGCUUUAAGGAGAACUCCUCCAGAAUGAAAGUCUGGGGCUUUCGUCUGCUAUGGUAACAAGUGAGAGCACAUUUCUAAUUGGGGUGAAAUGAAGGAAAGAAGGGUGUCGAUUGGUUUGCUCAUGACGACCUACACUAAGAUUAAGAUAAAACUAUUCACCCCACACCCCUAUUCGAAGUAAACUUUCCUCGUAACCAUAGUACCCGCCACGACGUGAGACGAGUGUCUGGAGGAGUUCUCCUGAAAGCCGCAAUAUACAUUGUUUGUGAUUGUAAUGUACAAAUAUUUCAGGUCAAUUUACUGGAAAUAUAGGAUAAUAUGUUGCAAUUAAUGUGAAUACCGUGAAGUGUUUCGUAUUUGCAGUUGAAAGAACAGUGUUUAAUUUUAAACACUAUGUUAUUUUGACGCAUUAUAUUCUUCAAAAUAAUGUGUUAGUUUUGUUUUGUAAAUAAGAUUAUAUGCUUUAAAAUAUGCAUGCCAUUAUCCACUCGAAAAGCUACGGUGAAAUUUAAGUGAUAAAUAAUUUUAUUGUCGUAUUUAUGAAGGUAUUUUAUAUUUCAUUGAAAAGAUAAUUGUUCGAAAUUUAUUGUUUGAAAUUUAACUUAGUUUAUUGUACAUAUUUA